GGGAGGGCCAGGAGGAGAGUAGCCAGCAAGUAAGCAAGACACAUUCCCAGUUGGAGACGGCGUGCUGGAAUAGAGUGCGGCUUAGACGAAGCUCGGAAGAACUCACCUUUUUCUUAUGGACGAUACAUGUGUUCAUUAAGGCUAAUUCUCCUCAUCUAUUCAUCAAGUGCUAACAGGCGGAUGUACAUGCAGCAGGAAGUUUUCUGAAGGGUUUUAGGGAUGUAGCAAAUAGUCGUGGUGCACUGUACGCCUUGCGAGGAGGUGAGCAGUGAGCCAUGGAUGCACGGAUCUUCCCUGAUCCAGCCUCGAGGCUGACGAGCAUGUGUGCCAUACAACUCUUUACUCUCCUUCUGCUGCUCCCAUACUCUCGGGUUACUGGUACCACUUUUGAAGAUGUGUUGCAUAAACACGCUGAAUAUAAAGAAAACUGUACCAUAAUGCUGGCAGCCACCCUUCAUACUGUAACUGGAAUAUACUGCAACGGGACAUUAGACCUUUUUGCCUGUUGGCCACAUUCAUCUCCUGGGAAUGUAACAGUGCCUUGCCCUUCAUAUUUACCAUGGAUUAGGGAAGGUUUUUCAGGGAAGGUUUAUAAAGUAUGUACAGCCAAUGGAACGUGGAAAACUGAAGAGAACUCCAGCGUGAUCUGGCAGGAUCAGUCGGAAUGUGCAGAUCCAGGCUUUUUCAAAAAUGAGGAAGACGAGUUAUUUCAAAAUUCAGUCUUGAGGAUCCUCUCCAUAGUUGGCUACAUGUUGUCUUUAUCCAGCCUGGUUCUAGCUGUGCUUAUUAUGAGCCUGUUAAGGAAGCUCCACUGUACUAGAAACUACAUCCACAUGAACCUCUUUGUGUCGUUCAUGCUUAGAGCUUUGGCGGUCAUUGCCAAAGAAAUCAUCAUGUACGUCACAUACUCCAACAAGCCCAAUGAUGAAGCUGGAUGGAUCAACUAUCUCGAUUCUACAAAAGCCCUGCUGUGCAAAGCUACCAAGGUGUCCAUGCAGUAUUUUGUGGCCUGUAAUUACUUCUGGCUCCUGGUAGAGGCGAUCUUCCUUCACACUCUACUUUUUACAGCCGUGUUGACCAAGCGGAGGCUGCUGAAGAGAUACAUGCUGGUAGGAUGGGGGACACCAUUUCUGUUUGUGAUACCGUGGACAUUGGCUAAAGUUCUAUAUGAAAAUCAUGGCUGCUGGGUCAUCACUAACAGAUGGAUCUGGUGGAUUAUUAGAGCACCGAUUACACUCUCAGUUUUUGUUAUUUUCUGUAUAUUUCUCAGGAUCAUAAAACUCUUGCUGUCAAAAUUAAAAGCUGAUCAGCUAAGGUUCACAGAUUAUAGAUACAGUUUAGCGAGAGCAAUACUGGUGUUGAUUCCAUUGCUCGGGAUUCACGAAAUCCUAUUUAUAAUUGUCAUCGACGAAACUAUUGAGGGAAAUCAUCGCUAUGUGCGAAAUUUCAUCAAUUUAACCCUGAGCUCUUUCCAGGGAUUCUUGGUUGCUGUUCUGUACUGUUUUGCCAAUGGAGAGGUCCGUGCUGAGCUGAAGAACAGAUGGCAAGUGUUUGUCUCCAACCACUUGGAGGAUCACAACUACUUUGUGUGCAUGCAACUUGAAUACUUGUGGAAAAAGUCGUGGAAGGGGCCGCAACACCCUUGCGAACACAGCGACUCAUAUAUGGAGCGAAGCCAUGUCCCUACACAGAGCCAGCUUACACAGGUGACUGUCUAAUCAGGUGGACAUUGUUCCUGUCCAGACGUCUGCAUAAGGAAGAGUUUGUUUAACAGUGAUGGGGACAUUUUGUUGGGGAGUCAAUUGGAAAGGGAGUCUGGAGGAGUUUUACUUCCUCCUGGUUCCAGAAGUGCUGGUGAAUUUUUGUAUGAAAUUGAGCUGGGCAAUAGACAUACUCAUUGGUAAGUUGUUUAUUUUUAAACUGAAUAUAGGCAUACACUCCAUCUACUUGCGUUAAAAAUUUUAUCAGCAGCAGAGAUGUUUGUGUUGUUAGAGUCUUAGCCUUUUCCUGGAACUCAUACACUUCUAUAUUAACAAAUGCUUCAAUAUAAAUCUUCUGGUAAAAGCAUUUAACUUUCACAAUGCUAUGUCGCAUUCCUGUUUUCUUUUAUAUAUAUAUAUAUA